UAAAAGCCCUCACACUCCGGCUCCUGAAUCCUCCACACUGCCAGGUCGCCUGUACCCAUGCUGCAUGUGGCCGGGGGGGGUAGGCUGCUGCCACCAAGUGCAGUCUCUUUCCUUCAUUGGUCGCCCUGACUGCAGGAUGCUGAGUGGAAGUGCAAGUGCAGCUGAGUGUGAGGAGGAGUGCGGGGGGAUAUGCUCCUCACUUACCCACUGGUGAAUGCCCCAUGCCCUGGCUGGACUGAGGAAACUUACUAGCUGGCACCUACUUGUACUUCUUGCGUUCUUUUCAUCCUGGUCACUUCUAUUACUCGUCCCAGGAGCGAUGGCAUCAGAGACGGUGUGUGGGCUCAUCUUCAGGUUAUUGCUGCCAGUCUGCCUACUUGUGGCAUGCAUGUUCCGGUACAAUGGAAUAUCAUUCGUCUACCUCAUUUACCUCUUGCUUAUUCCUUUAUUUGCGGAACCAACCAAGAUAACAAUGCAAGGACAUACGGGACGGUUAUUAAAAUCCUUAUGUUUCACCAGUCUUUCCUUCCUGUUAAUGCACAUCAUCUUUCAAAUAACAAUAAACAGCUUGGAGGCCAGAAAGACAAUAAAUCCUUAUUUUAACUGUACAACAUGGGAGAAAACACUUCGGCAGAUAGGUUUUGAAAGUGUAAAGGGAGCAGAUGCUGGCAAUGGAAUCCGAGUCUUUGUACCAGACAUUGGGAUGUUUAUUGCCAGUUUGGCCACUUUGCUGUUUUGUAAGAAACUUGUCCAAACACCUGUGACUGAGGAAGAUGCACAGUACAACACAGAGUUUGUAAAUGAAGAAAUGGUGGAAGUGGGAAAGAUGGAGAUGGAUGAUGCAUUAAUAUAUGAAGAAGACUUUGAUGAAAAUGAUGGGGUUGAAGAGGCAGAGGAAAGCGCAAGGAUAAAACUUCUCCGCAAAGUUGCCUUCAUUGCCUCAAAACUUAAAGAAUUUAUUGGCAACAUUAUAGCCACUGCUGGAAAAGUAGUUGUUACAAUUUUACUUGGCAUAACAGGCAUGAUGUUGCCUUCGUUGACCUCAGCUGUGUAUUUCUUUGUAUUUUUGGGGUUAUGCACAUGGUGGUCCUGUUGCCGAGUAUUUGAUCCGCUGAUAUUCAGCUGUCUAUGUGUAUUAAUGGCCAUAUUUAGUGCAGGGCACUUGAUUGGACUUUAUCUGUAUCAAUUUCAAUUUUUUCAAGAGAUCAUUCCACCCGGUGAUUUUUAUGCCAGGUUGUUUGGUGUCACUUCAAUUGUUCAAACCAACUGUUCAAGUACAUGGAAAUUUAUAGCAAAUCCAAGCAUAAAAUGGUACCACUAUAGCAACCCCGUCAUGCUGUUAGUACUGUAUUACACGUUGGCAACUCUGAUACGUCUUUGGCUGCAAGAACCUGUCGUGGUCUAUGAAGAAAAUAAAGAGGAUGAACUGGAAAGAGAAGGAGACUGCAGCCCACCGCCACUCACUGCAGAAAGAAGGCGAAGCUUGUGGCACGCAACUCACUGCAACACGGAAGAGAGAAAACUACUUUCCUUGACUCAAGAUGAAUACAAGCCAUCUGAUGUCCUGCUGGUAACAGUUAAUGGGACCCCAAUUGAUUAUCAUUCCAUAAACACGUCCCUCCCCAUAGAGAAUGGACCGACUAAAAUAGAUAUGUACUCUACACCACAGUACAAAUGGGAACAUACAGAUGAAACCUCAGAAAAGAAAGAAGAAGAAGAGGAGGAGAAGGAGUUGGAAGAAGAUGCGUCCGAGAAAAAGGAAAAUGCCAAAGUUCAUGCUAUGGUGGUCGCGCUGCAGUUCAUCAUGAAGCAGAGUUACAUCUGUGCUCUUAUCUCUAUGAUGGCUUGGAGUAUUACAUACCACAGCUGGUUAACCUUUGUUCUGCUAAUCUGGUCUUGUGCUCUCUGGAUGAUCCGUGACAGGAGGAAAUAUGCCAUGCUUAGUUCACCCUUUAUGGUCAUCUAUGGUAACUUGUUGGUAACAUUACAAUACAUUUGGAGUAUAAAUUUGCCUACGGAACUUAAAGACAUUUCAGGUCUUCUUGAACGUAAGAACCCAGAGGAACUUGCAUCAAAGAUGCUUUUCAAUGUUACCUUUUGGCUUUUGCUGAGACAACACCUUACAGAGCAAAAGAUUUUAAAGGCACAGGAAGCAACAUUAUCAGAAAUUAAAGUUGGAAGCCAUGAUAAAGAAGAAGAAAUACAAAAAGAGGAAGAUAAGGAAGAAGACGAUGAAAAUGAUAUUAUGAAGGUGCUGGGGAACCUGGUGAUGGCGAUGUUUGUGAAGUAUUGGAUUUACGUUUGCGGAGGAAUGUUCUUUUUUGUCAGUUUUGAGGGGAAAAUAGUCAUGUACAAAAUUAUCUACAUGAUGCUGUUCCUGUUCUGCGUAGCCUUAUAUCAGGUGCAUUAUGAAUGGUGGCGACGGAUUUUAAAAUAUUUCUGGAUGUCUGUGGUAGUUUACACCAUGUUGGUGCUUAUCUUAAUUUAUACAUACCAGUUUAAAUCCUUCCCACCUCUCUGGAUGAACAUGACAGGAUUAGAUAAAGAUAAGUUAGCAGAUCUUGGUUUAGAAACCUUUACUUUGACUGACCUGUUCACUCGUAUAUUUAUCCCAACCUCUUUUUUGUUGGUGUGUAUAUUACACCUACAUUACUUUCAUGACCAUUUUCUGCAGCUCACAGACCUUAAGGCUGUAACCAGCAAACAGGACAACACAAUUUACAGCCAUGCCAAAGUUAAUGGUCGUGUUUACCUAAUAAUAAAUAGCAUCAAGAAAAAAAUCCCAAUUCACCAAAAUGAAUUGGUACACCCAGACGGAAGUUUACCUGACUUAACAAUGAUGAACUUAACUACAGAGUCUGAAAUGUUGGAAGAGAAGGAGGAAAAGCAGAUGGAGGUGUAUGGACAGCAAAAAGGUCAUGAUCAGGACUCAGGAGAUGAGUGGGAGAAAGGAGAUGACAAAGGUGGAGGUGGAAGUGAUGAGGAGGAGGAGGCUGAGGAAGAAGAAUCGGAAGAGGAGGAAACAUCAGAUUCCAGAAAUAAAUGGCAUCUUGUUAUUGACCGGUUGACAGUUCUAUUCCUAAAGUUUUUGGAAUACUUCUAUAAGUUACAAGUCUUUGCCUGGUGGUGUCUGGAGCUCCAUAUAACAAAAAUAGUUACUUCGUACAUCAUAUGGGUGACGUUGAGAGAGGUAUCAUUGCUCAACUAUGUGUUUUUGGCUGCCUGGGCAUUUGCCUUACCAUAUUCCCAGUUACGUCCAUUAGCGUCUAGUGUUUGCACCAUCUGGACUUGUGUGAUCAUUGUAUGCAAAAUGUUGUAUCAACUUGCAACCAUUGAACCACUGAACUUUUCCAGUAACUGUACCAAGCCUUUUCUCAAUCAGACAAAUUUUAUAAGGGAAGAAGACUUUCAGAAAUCACUCCUCUAUAGUGGUCCAAUCGAUCCAUCUGGAUGGGUGGGAUUGAAAAAGUCUGUGCCCCUUCUUUCCUACUUACGGAACAACUUACUCAUGCUAUUCAUAUUAGCUUUUGAAGUGACCAUCUACCGGCAUCAGGAAUAUUAUAGGUGUAGAAACAAUCUGAAUGCACCAGUUACAAAAACAAUAUUUCAUGAUAUCACAAGACUGCACUUGGAUGAUGGGCUCAUAAAUUGUGCCAAGUAUUUCAUAAACUAUUUUUUCUACAAGUUUGGUAUGGAGACUUGCUUCUUACUGUCUGUUAAUGUAAUCGGCCAGAGGAUGGAUUUCUUUGCCAUGAUCCAUUCAUUUUGGCUCUUUGCCGUACUGUACAGACGCAGGAGAAAAGCAAUUGCAGAAAUCUGGCAUAAAUAUUGCUGCUUUCUUGCCUGUAUUAUUACAUUCCAGUACUUCGUAUGUAUUGGCAUUCCUCCGGCUCCAUGUAAAGACUACCCUUGGAGACACAACGGAGCCAAAUUUAAUUCCAAUAUAAUUAAAUGGUUGUACUUUCCAGACUUUAUUGUGAGACCUAACCCCCUAUUUCUCAUCUAUGACUUCAUGCUAUUGCUUUGUGCAUCUCUUCAAAAGCAAGUGUUUGAGGAUGAAAAUAAGGCAGCAGUACGGAUCAUGGCAGGAGAUAAUGUGGAGAUAUGUAUGAAUCUUGAUGCUGCAUCAUUUAGCCAACACAAUCCGGUCCCUGACUUUAUCCACUGCAGAUCGUAUCUGGACAUGUGCAAAGUAAUAAUAUUCAGUUACCUCUUCUGGUUUGUCCUCACCAUCAUAUUUAUUACGGGAACUACAAGAAUCAGUAUAUUCUGCAUGGGCUAUUUGGUGGCCUGUUUUUACUUCCUCCUAUUUGGGGGUGACUUACUGCUAAAGCCUAUACGAAGUAUCCUACGCUACUGGGAUUGGUUGAUAGCAUACAAUGUGUUUGUUAUAACCAUGAAAAACAUAUUAUCGAUAGGGGCAUGUGGCUACAUAGACUCGCUGAUAGAAAACAGUUGUUGGUUAAUUCAAGCUUUCAGUCUGGCAUGCACUGUUAAAGGUUAUGAUAUCCCAAUGGACCAGAAAACCUGUCAGUUACCAAGUGGUGAGGCUGGUAUCAUCUGGGAUAGUAUAUGUUUUGCAUUUCUCUUAUUGCAAAGACGAGUAUUCAUGAGCUAUUACUUCCUACAUGUUGUCGCUGAUAUCAAAUCCUCUCAGAUUCUUGCUUCAAGAGGGGCAGAACUCUUUCAGGCUACUAUUGUGAAAGCUGUAAAGGCAAGACUUGAAGAGGAGAAAAAAUCCAUGGAUCAGCUAAAGAGACAGAUGGAUCGCAUUAAAGCCAGGCAAGAAAAAUAUAAAAAGGGUAAAGAAAAAAUGUUAAGCCUUGUACAGGAGUCAGGAGAAGGUCCUGAGAUUCAAAAGCAUGAUGAGGACGAUGAUGAAGGAGAAGCAGGAAAAGAGAAAGUCAAGGGCAAAAAAAAGCACUGGUGGCGGCCUUGGGUUGAUCAUGCUUCCAUGGUCAGAAGCGGUGAUUAUUAUUUAUUUGAGACGGACAGUGAAGAAGAAGAAGAAGAUGAAACUAAGGAUGAAGAUGAGCUCAGAAGAAAAUCUGCUUUCCAGAGAGCUAUUGGAAAGUUUGCUUCAGCCAUUUUAGCCUUGCCAAAGUCUAUCAUUAAACUGCCUAAAACAAUUCUUCAGUAUUUAAUCAGAGCUGCAAAGUUUAUCUACCAAGCCUGGAUCACUAAUCCAAAAACUGCCCUGAGACAGAGACACAAGGAAAAGAAAGAAGAAAAGGAAAUGAGAAGGAAAGGUAUUUCCAAAGGGCACAUUAUUAUAGAUUGUGACACGAAAGAAGAACAAGAAAAAAAGAAGUCGGAUGGUCCAGAUAAUGUCAUCAAAAGGAUAUUUAACAUUUUGAAGUUUACAUGGGUCCUCUUCCUCGCAUCCCUUGAUAGUUUUACAGCCUGGUUGAAUUCAAUUUCUCGAGAACACAUUGAUAUAUCCACAGUGUUAAGGAUAGAACGGUGUAUGCUGACCCGAGAAAUCAAAAAGGGCAAUGUACCCACACGGGAAAGCAUUCACAUGUAUUACCAAAACCACAUUAUGAUGACAAUGUCAAGAGAAUCAGGACUUGACAGGAUUGACGAUGAGCCUGGUUCAGCUUCUGGUCUUCAAAGUCAGCGAAAAAUUGCAAGUAAAAGAAUGGACAGUGCAGACUCUGCUGCUUCUCAUGAUAGCCUAUCCAGCUGCAACACUGAAGCAACCAUGCUGUUCUCAAGGCAGUCCACACUUGAUGAUUUAGAGGGGCCAGAUGCUGUACCAAAAACAAGUGAGCGCGCCAGACCUAGGCUUCGUAAAAUGUACAGCAUGGACCAGUCCUCUUCCUCUGCUGACAGUGGCAGUGUAGCAUCAAGUGAACCAACACAGUGUACCAUGGUCUACUCAAGGCAGGGGACAACUGAAACUAUAGAAGAAGUGGAAGAUGAGCAAGAAGACGAUGGAAAAAGUCCAACCUCAAGAUUAGAUGCAUCGGAUGAAGAAUAUGGUGUUGACUUAGAAGGAUCUAGCUAUACCCCUGAUACAGACUUGGCUCUAUAUGCUACGGCAGAUGGAGAUCUACCGCCAUCUUACAGCAAAGCUGUGAGCUUCGAGCAGUUGUCAUUUGCUUCCCAUGACGAAUCUGCUGAUAAUAACUUGAUGGUCCUAAGUCCAGAUGACAGCCGCACUGACAAGCUACAUGAUGCUAUUCUGCCUUCUCUUACACAUGAAUUGACUGCAAGUGAACUUCUUCUAAAUAAGAUGUUUCAGGAUGAAGAGCUAGAAGACUCUGAAAAAUUUUACAUUGAACAGCCACGUUUGCUGCAACUUAUUUAUGCCCUAUACAAUACCUUAGUAGCCAGAUCAGAAAUGGUUUGCUAUUUUGUGAUUAUCCUCAACCAUAUGAUCUCCGCUUCCAUGAUCACAUUGGUUCUUCCAAUUCUCAUAUUUUUAUGGGCCAUGCUGUCUGUGCCACGUCCCAGUAAACGGUUUUGGAUGGCUGCCAUUGUUUAUACAGAGGUAACUAUUGUUAUCAAAUAUUUCUUCCAAUUUGGAUUUUUCCCUUGGAACACAAAUUUGGAACUGUACAAAGACAAACCUUACCAUGCUCCUAAUAUAAUUGGUGUGGAGAAGAAAGAAGGAUAUGUACACUACGACCUGGUUCAACUCCUUGCUUUAUUUUUUCAUAGAUCGAUUCUAAAGUGUCAUGGUCUUUGGGAUGAGGAUGAUGUAAGCGACAAUGCUGCCCAUAAAGAAGACACAGAUGGUGAAAUUUCAGAAGGAUCUGGAAGAAGAGAUUCUGUUGGCUCAUUAAAAUCUGUUAACCUUGCUGCAUCUAUAGAAUCUAUCCAUGUCCAUUUCCCAGAGGAGAAGACAGCCAUUAGACGGAAGAGUUCUAGUAGUGGAUCCCAAAUUUCACACAGGUCUAGUUUCUCCUCGCACAGAUCUAAAAGAGGUAGCACAAGCACAAGAAACAGCAGUCAAAAAGGUGGCAGUAUAUUAAGUGUCAAACAGAAAUCUAGAAAAGAGUUGCUGAUGGAAAAACUUAGAGAGCAACUUAUCAAAGCUAAAGCAUUCACCAUUAAAACAAUCCUUCAGAUAUAUUUGCCAAUCAAGCAAUUUUUUUACAACCUCAUUCAUCCAGACUACAGUGCUGUGACAGACGUCUAUGUGUUAAUGUUCCUGGCCGAUACUGUAGACUUCAUCAUAAUUGUAUUUGGCUUCUGGGCAUUUGGAAAACACUCGGCUGCGGCAGACAUUACCUCCUCUCUGUCAGAAGACCAGGUACCAGAAGCAUUCUUGGUGAUGGUUUUGAUACAGUUUGGCACAAUGGUUGUGGAUCGUGCUCUCUAUCUCAGAAAAACUGUGAUGGGAAAGGUCAUAUUUCAGGUUAUCUUGGUGUUUGGUAUCCAUUUUUGGAUGUUCUUCAUUUUACCUGGAGUAACAGAAAGGAAAUUCAGUCAGAACACUGUUGCACAGCUAUGGUAUUUUGUGAAGUGUAUCUAUUUUGGACUAUCAGCCUAUCAGAUCCGCUGUGGAUACCCGACACGUGUUCUUGGAAACUUCCUCACAAAAAGCUACAACUAUGUCAAUCUGUUCCUAUUUCAAGGCUUUCGCCUGGUGCCAUUUUUAACUGAGCUAAGAGCUGUCAUGGAUUGGGUAUGGACUGACACUACACUCAGUCUUUCCAGCUGGAUCUGUGUGGAGGAUAUUUAUGCUCACAUAUUUAUACUAAAAUGCUGGCGUGAGUCAGAAAAGAGAUAUCCACAGCCACGUGGUCAGAAGAAGAAAAAAGUUGUGAAGUAUGGAAUGGGUGGCAUGAUCAUUGUACUUCUGAUAUGCAUUGUUUGGUUCCCUUUGCUUUUCAUGUCUCUAAUAAAAUCUGUUGCUGGCGUGACAAACAAGCCACUAGAUGUGUCCAUUAAAAUAUCUCUGGGAGGUUUCCAGCCUAUUUUUACUAUGAGUGCACAACAGAACCAGCUAAAAGAUAUGGAGCCACCAUUGUACAAAGCUUUUGAAAGGAAAUUUAGUAAAGACACAUCGGCACUUCAGUUUCUGGAAGGAUAUGGAAGAGAAGACAUUACCAUCGCAGAAUUAGAUGGGAAUUCUAAUUCUUUAUGGACUAUUAGCCCUCCAAGUAGACAGUCAAUGAUAAACAGCCUAAAUAGCCUGGAACAUGACUUCACACUUGUUAUCUCUUGGAUCAUCCAGCGAAAUAUGAGUCUUGGAGCUAAGUCGGAAAUCACUGGUGAGAAAUACACUUCCUCUUUAAGCAAUGAAACACGGGUAGCAAUAGCGGAAAUGAUGGCCUCAGACGAAACAGAAUCACAGACAGUAGUGCUUGAAAACAUUUAUCCAUGGUAUAUCAAAGCACCAAGUGAUUCUAUAGCAAAGCCUAUACUGCAACUUCUCCACAAGCAAGAAUUUACGAAUAUCACUGUCAGCCUCAAGAGAAAUGGUACUGGUGAAUUUGCUCAGGAGUGGUGGGUUCUUAAUCAGACUAGGAAGCAUUUUUCACAAAGCGUUGGCUUGGAACUAUUUGUUUUUAGUGAUAAAGUCAGCCCUCCUAGCCUUGGAUUUCUAGCCGGUUAUGGAAUUAUGGGAUUAUAUGCUUCUGUGGUACUCGUAAUAGGGAAAUUUGUCCGAGAGUUCUUCAGUGGAAUAUCUCACUCCAUCAUGUUUGAGGAACUACCAAAUGUGGACCGUAUCCUGAAAUUAUGCACAGACAUUUUCCUAGUAAGAGAGACUGGAGAAUUAGAACUGGAAGAAGAUUUGUAUGCCAAAUUAAUAUUCUUAUACCGCUCACCAGAAACUAUGAUCAAAUGGACAAGAGAAAAAAAUAAAUAAUAUUAAUGAACUCAGUGAUUCAGUUGACUUCAUUUGGAUUAUUCUAAGCACAAUAUUCCCAUAGCUCUCUUAAGAGCUUGGACUCUUGCAAUGAAGAAGCAGUUACCUUUAAAGCGCAACAAAGCUACAGAGGGUCAAGUAUUUUAUGGAUCUAAAGCCAACACUAUCACUGUAACUUUUCUUUACAUAUCUUCUUCGAUGGUAUGGCCAAUACAAAGUGAGAGUGGAAAUACAGUAAGACGACUGUACAAGUGUUUCUUCAGCAAGACAUCUCCAGGAAUGUUCAGUAUGCUGCUUUAGAGUGUCCGAAACCCUUGAAAUGAGAAUUGGUUGUUUUUUUCAAUCAUUCUGACAGGACUAACUGCAGCAAAGGGUAAAUAAGUGACUGCACAAUUGCCUGUUGUAGGGAACGUGUAUGCAUUAAAGCCUCACUCUACAUACCGAAAAACACAAACUGACAAUCUUCUUAACUGCCUUAUAAUAUUGGAACUUCCCAACAGAAUAUUUUCAUCGAUGAUUUAAAUUUUUCUCAGGAAAAUAAAAAAAUACACCACAAAUUGUACAAAAAAUAAUAAUGUAGAGAUAGUGCAAGGCCUUGUCAACAGCUGUCCCUGUUGUUACUGGCUGGGAUGCAUGCCUCUAACCUAUACCUACAGAACCUUACUUAUAUGUUUUGUUUCUAGUUGGAGAAGGAAAAUGUUUACAUGACAUAUUGACAUUUCUUUUUACUACAGUCUUAAUUUUAUGUCCAUAGUUUACCAUAAAAAUGGCUUUUACGUAUUUAUUUUUAAACUCAAACAUCAAACGUCACAAUAUACAAAUAGGAUUAAAAUGAUGAUCAGCUGGCUAAGAGAAAAUAUGGAGAAAGCCGUGCUGGGAAAUUUACUUGAAAUUAAUGUCCUUACAUUCUCAAUUUGCAGCCAAAACAAGUAAAAUACUGGAGUAGUUUUUUUUUUUUUUUUAUUAUUAUUAUUAUUAUUAUUAUUUUUGACCUGUACAUUCCUUAUAAUUUAACUAAGGGCUACUAGUUAAUAAACACUGUUUGUAAAUUGCUAAAUGUAAUAUACAAAGGCAUGCACUUAUGUACAGUAGUUUUCAAUGUGGCCCAUGUUAAAGUGAAUAGUGCAAAUAAUUUCCAAGGGUGAAAGUUUUAUUGCUCAUUUUAUUCAUUCACUCAAACAGUCAGUCAUUCUUCUUUAUGAUUUACCUGUUAUGUAUGCACCAAAGGUAGCCAUGUUCCUGCUUGUCAGUAAUUGGUACACUCUAAGCAGCACCAUUAUGGGGUAAAUCAGGGCGGUAUUCACAUUGUGUUGGAUUUCACUGGCAUCCAGAGGCAUAACCAUCAGGAGUCCAACAACCAAUAAAGUAGUUCAUGCAGUUUGACAUCUAAUCUAAUAUUAUUGUAUUCUUUUUAUCACUGAAACAAUAGGAUGUUUUAGGAGAAUCUCUUCUGAAGCUUGCUGCUAUAAAAGGACCCUUACAUAUACUGUAUGUCAUUAAACAAGUCAUUUAGAGAGAAUGUUUUAACCACUAAAUUCUAGUCCCAAAGUCAUCAUACUGUAAAAUUGGAAUGAUGAGCUAUUCCCUGGAAGUUAGAAUGACCUUAAAAGUAUUUAUUUCUCUACUUUGUUGAUAAAAAAAAAAAAAUACAAGAUAAAAAUCUGUUUUACUUCCUUGAAUCUCACAUUGCAUGAUGAAGAAGCAGCAGGUGCUAUGGUCAUAUAACUGCUGUAACAUUUUACUGAUAAUGGAUGACGUUUGUAGAAUACUGUUUGCGUGACAUGGGACUUUUCCA